AUGAAGUCUCCCUUCUAUCCAUGCCAGAACACCACCUGGGUGGAGAAAGGCAACUCAGCGACGAUGGGCGGGGUACUGUUCAGUGCGGGCCUCCUGGGCAACCUGCUGGCCCUGGGGCUGCUGGCGCGCUCAGGGCUAGGGUCUUGCCGACCGCGCCCGCGGCGCCCGCCGCCCUCGGUAUUCUACGUGCUGGUGUGCGGCCUGACCAUCACCGACUUGCUGGGCAAGUGCCUGAUAAGCCCGGUGGUUCUGGCUGCCUAUGCGCAAAAUCGGAGCCUGCGGGGGCUAAUGCCUGCGUCCGGCGACGAGUCGCUGUGCCAAACCUUCGCUUUCUUCAUGUCUUUCUUUGGGCUCGCAUCGACGUUACAGCUCCUGGCCAUGGCUCUGGAGUGCUGGCUUUCCCUGGGGCACCCCUUCUUCUACCAAAGGCACAUCACCCUACGCCGGGGCGUACUCGUGGCUCCGGUGGUGGGUGCAUUCUGCCUGGUUUUCUGUGCACUGCCCUUGAUGGGUUUUGGGAAGUUCAUUCAGUACUGCCCGGGCACCUGGUGCUUCAUCCGGAUGGUCCGCGAUGACUCGAUCUGGGUGGUGGUCUACUCUGUUCUCUACUCCACGCUCAUGGCGCUGGUGGUUCUUGCCAUCGUUCUGUGCAACCUGGGGGCGAUGCGCAACCUUUACACUAUGCACCAGCGACUGAGACGACACACGCGCUGUGGACUCAGGGACAUCGCAGAGCCAGGCGCGGAGAAGAAGGUGGCAUCCUCACAUCCCUUGGAGGAGCUGGAUCACCUCCUGCUGCUGGCCCUCAUGACCGUGCUCUUCACUAUGUGCUCUGUGCCUUUAAUUUAUCGUUCCUACUAUGGAGCUGUCCAGGAUGCCACUGAAGAAUCGGACGAUCUUCUAGCCUUGCGUUUCCUGUCUGUGAUUUCAAUUGUGGACCCAUGGAUUUUCAUCAUAUUCAGAACUUCAGUAUUUCGAGUGUUUUUCCACAAGAUUUUCAUAAGACCUCUUAUGUAUAGAAACUGGCAGAGCCAUUCCUAUCAAACUAAUGUGGAAUCCAGUUUGUGA